GCACCAGCCUGUGUCUUCACUGCUGCCGUCCACCAUGCCGCCGCCCAGGAUAGCCACCAUGAGCCUGGCCGCCCAAUUUGGCCAGAUGGCCCUGUCGGCAUCUCGCCCACGAGUGCUCCCGACCGUCGCAUCCACCACCCUGCGCAUCCCCUCCGCCCGUGCCUUUUCCUCCACGCCGCACCACCUCAACUGGCUCGCUCCCAAAGCCGGUGAAUCUCGCAAGUCGCGGAAAGGCCGAUGUCAUGUUCCCACAGGCGGCAGCAUGCGCGGCACCACUGUCGUGUGGGGCGACUACGGCUUGCGCAUGCGCGACCACGACCGCCGCAUUUCCUCGACGCAGCUCCGCAUUGCCGAAGAGACCAUCAAAAAGCGCCUGCGAGGGAUGAAGUUCCGCCUCUACGAGCGCGUCUCCGCCAACAUUGGUGUCUACACGAGCGGCAACGAAAGCAGAAUGGGCAAGGGAAAGGGCAGCUUUGAUCACUGGGCCACUCGAUUGGCCGUGAGCAAGGUCGUCUUCGAGAUCAAGGGAGAUUUGCACGAACAGGUCGUGAGGGAUGCCUUCCGUUUGGCUGGGAAUAAGCUACCAGGCCUGUGGGAGUUUGUUAAGAAAGGCGAUGCACCCAAGAUGGGCAUUACAAAGGUGGGUGUCAACGGCGUCACGGCUGAGGACCUGAGGAGACCUAGGAGGAAGCUGCCUCUCAAGCCACUUGAAGACGCGGCUGCCCGCCUGCCCUCCGCAUCGUCAUCGUAGCAAUGUACGCAUACUGUACUAUGAAUUGUAUACCACUUUCUCUAGCCA